GACUACAAAUUAAAGAGAAAGGACAGCACUAAGUCCCUCCUGAUCAAAACUGAAAAGCUGCUGAGAAUCGAAGACCACGACUUUGCCAUGAGGCCUGGAUUCGGAGGAUCUGCCAUCCCUGUGGGCAUUGAUGUGCAGGUGGAGAGUAUAGACAGCAUCUCUGAAGUAAACAUGGACUUCACAAUGACUCUGUACCUGAGGCAUUAUUGGAAGGAUGAGCGGUUGGCUUUUCCCUCUAGUAACAAUUUGAGCCGCACAUUUGACGGCCGGCUGGUAAAGAAGAUCUGGAAGCCUGAUGUCUUUUUCGUCCAUUCCAAGCGCUCCUUCAUCCAUGAUACCACCAUGGAGAACAUAAUGCUGAGGGUUUACCCAGACGGCAACAUCCUUUACAGCGUCAGGAUUACAGUUACUUCUCUGUGCUCAAUGGACUUCAGCAGAUUCCCAUUGGACUCUCAAAACUGUUCCCUGGAAUUGGAGAGCUAUGCGUAUGCUGAGAGCGACCUCAUGUUGUACUGGAAAAAUGGCAAUGACUCUUUGAGGACAGAAGAGAUUGCUCUCUCUCAGUUCUUCAUUGAAGAGUUUCACCCCUCACAUGGUCUGGCGCUGUACAGCAGCACGGGCUGGUACAAUAGGCUCUACAUCAACUUCAUCCUCAGAAGACACAUAUUCUUCUUUAUGCUGCAAACAUAUUUUCCUACAAUGCUGAUGGUGAUGCUGUCCUGGGUGUCUUUUUGGAUCGACAGGAGGGCAGUACCGGCCCGUGUCUCGCUUGGCAUCACUACGGUGUUGACUAUGUCCACCAUAAUUACUGGAGUGUCAGCGUCCAUGCCUCAGGUCUCAUAUGUGAAAGCGGUGGACAUCUAUUUGUGGACCAGCUUUCUGUUUGUGUUUCUAACCGUCAUCGAAUACGCAGCCGUCAACUACUUCACUACCAAAGAGGAAAUGAAGAAACUCGGGCAACUGAAGCUCUCGGGAUACGAUGCAUCUCAAGCCAUGGCGUUCGAUGGCUGUUUCCAUGACCAGGACAUAGAGCUUAGUACAUUUCCUUUGUCUGACCAAAACACAGACCCAUGCUUGUCCUCCAGGAACUCCACAACGCCCGACCUCCCUCCCGUCCUGGGCACGCGCCUCCGACGGCGGCGUUCUAUCCGCCAAAGCGUCAACCAUAUCAUGAGCAACAGUUACAUGAUCGACUCCUAUUCCAAAAUAUUCUUUCCUUUGGCAUACUUUCUCUUCAAUAUCAUCUACUGGAGCAUCUACUCCUAAGCGAGAGAGAAUGUCAUCC